UCGUGUCGUUUUAUUUUUAAAACUAGGGCGGCCUCACUGAAGUAAUGGGCUAUAUCAAUAUAUCAUGGUUAGGUGGAUAAGUUAGACAUCUGAGUUCACUAGCGUGGCCGUAGGUGUCACACGUGAUGAGUAGAAAUCGGAUCGUUUUUUAAAAUUAAAACGUUUUAUAAAGUUUACUGAUUGCAACAUUGACUACCUGGGGCAAGCAUGAAGCUUCACGCAAUAAAAGUCCAGUUAUGUUUCUGUUUUCUUACUGUUGUUUCUGCUUACCCAGGUGAUGUAGUUGAGGUAACCUUACCUUCAGCAGACGUUAAUGACGAUGGCAGCUGCCGGUACCCCCAUUCUCUGCAAGUCCAGGUCGAUGACCCGACCAGCAAACAGACCUGGAGCCUGACCCUGUUUCAUAACGAGGUCCCGAGGUCGCCUGGGCAAAUUCACAUUCUUCACCAGGAUUCAGAACGAGGCGUGUACUUGGAAACUGUCGACCUUGACCAAUCAGAAUAUGUUAGUGCUCAGGGGUAUCACAAUUACCAUGAAGGGGCAGCAUUCAUGGUCAAAUGCUUACAGUAUGAUGCCACAAAACCUAUCUUCGUAUUGGAGGGUUCUGUUUUCCGUGACGGGAUGAAAUACCAAAUUUCCCAUCAUUCCGCCUUGUUGAAGCCAUCUUUACCCCGGUUCACCCACGUGACCCAGUACUACCGCAUGGAGGUUGUAGACGAGCACAGGGCAGAGGACACGGCAGCUCGCCUGGAGUCGGCGGUGAUGGAGUCCAGAAAGAAUGGGUUAAGUCAGAGCUCUGACCUUCAGAGGGUUAAACGCCAGACGUCCCAGACGUAUUACAUCGAUGUGCUGGUGUUUUGUGAUGUUUCCAUGUAUCAAAGGUGGCUGCUCAUUGGAAUCACAGAAAAUAAAACACUCACCUUGAUCAACAACUACCUGGACAACUUGCUAACAUCGGUAAAUAUGCGCUUGUCAACCCUAGUUCUUGGAAGCAAACAACUUGUGGUCCGCAAAAUUACACCUAUCAUUAGUAAGGUUGACAACACGUCGCCGUGGAAUGCGAAUAUAAUUGAAAGAGAAACCCAGGAGACGAAGAUUAACGCCACGUUGCUCCUGAAGGCUUUCCAGACAUACCUGAAGGACGUCUUCGCGUUCAGAGUCCCACACGACCAUGCCGUUCUGAUGACAUCGUAUGAUAUUUAUGGUGGUAACGACCAGGGCAUAAGAUUUAACAUCACUAAAGGAUUGGCCACUGUUGGUGGUAUGUGCAGCACAAACGGUGAAAGCUCUUCUAUAGUGGAGGAUAAAGGAGCGUACCAAAGUGAAGGGGUGUUAGCUCAUGAACUGGGACACAGCCUGGGAUCGAGUCACGAUGGCACCAACAACAAUUGCCCAUCCUCCCUGAGGUACCUGAUGUCUGACGCCACUUACCCGGAGAGUGACGUCACCAGGUACAACCCUUGGAAGUUCUCACCCUGCUCGUCACAGGCCGUCGCUGCCAGGCUCGCGGAUUUAGAGGGAGACCCCAGUGCACGCAAGUGCCUGACAGAGACAGUCUCCAACAGCACCAUCGUCAACCAAACAGUCUCCAAAACUGCGGACGACCAGUGCAAACGUUUCCAUGGUAACGAGUCCUUCGUUUGCAGGGUGUCCCCGUUCGACAAGGUGUGUACAGAGUUCUACUGCCGCAUACCUGGCACCAACAGGUGUGACCUCAUGAACCCUGCCACAGGCACCUGCUGUAGGAAUAAUAUGCGAUGUCUAAAUGGGAUGUGUAACGACACGGCACCGGCUGGGGAGUGUGUUGUUGACGCUGAGUGCCCACUCGCCGAUGUGCUGGGGAAAGUUUUGAACGACCAGACAUGCGCAGAGCUCAGCUCAUCCUACUGCUAUCUACCGGAUGUACAAAAAGCAUGCUGCAACACGUGCCGGAACUGGAGGUCAAAGUUUGCCAACAUUUCCGCCUGUACGUAUGGGGAUAAGCUACUCGCUUGCAGCAAAACCCAGUGUGGCACCAACGACACCAACGGAGUUCUCUACGACUUCAUGUGCUGUGGCACCUGCUACCUAGCUCCUCCUGCCCUCCCCUGUGUCAAUACCAAAACGCAGAACUGCACAACGUGCGUCAAGGCAAUAGAAGAACUGACCAGGUCAACCUGCUACUUGAGCGACAUGCAUGCCAGCGCGUGCUCCGUUGAGUGUGAGUCGCAGAGAAAUAAAACACAACCAGACUGCCCUUGGGGAGACAGAAAGAUCUGUACACAAGUCGUGAAUCAGCUGCUCUCUGGCACCCCAUGCACGUCUGAGCAAACUUCCUCCUGCUGCCAGACAUGCGCAGACUACGCCAUCCCCAGCACAGCAUCACCCUCCAAAUCGCCCAGCACAGCAACCAAACCAACAGCGAGCCCAGGAGCGACUCAAGCGCCCCCUACCACAGUGAAGACAGCUGCCAGUAAAAAUGUCUCAGUUAGACACUACAGCAGCUACUCCACAAUAGUAGCAAUGGCGGUCUUUGUAUUGGCGGCAUUACUUAUAUCGUAGAUCAUAUUUGUAUUUUGUAUAUCAGAUAUAGGCCUACACCUACAUAUUUAUGU